CCCAUUUUAGAGUUUGCACGACUUACAAGUUACAAUUGGGAGAGGGGAGAGCGAGGGAACGACGACCGAUCGGCGAAGAGAACAAAAGAAGGGGGACAGUGCUGAACAGUCGGAAUUGCGCCACUAUGGACGACGAUAAGUCGAGCAGAGGAGAUUGGCGAAUGUCUCAGUUCAAGUGACUCCCAUGUGGCCCAGUCUGGCUUCAUUGACAGACAACACCACCAUUCUAGACAUUCUGCUGGUCUACCUCCAUAUUUCCUAAUCUUCAAUAUAAAAGGAUUGCCUGUAACCCGCCCCUCAUGCUUCGUCAAGUUGGUCUUCAUACUGAACACCGUUCAUCACUGUACAAAGAAUGUUGGCGAUCAAUGACCACCAGCAAAAGAGUGCAGGACCGGAGCAAAAAUAAGCGUGUGAAUGACCUUGAAGUUGUUGUGGAAAGGCACAAAAUCCUCUCCAAGGUCCUCUUCAUACUUGAAACUCUCAAGCAAGAGUCUGAUCAAAUCAUCACAGUUCGUUCCCUUGAUCAGUACCGGAGGCAAGUUAACCUCCCAAAACCUCACAAGUUCUCAGAUUUCCUCCGGAAAUCUCCCAAAAUUUUUGAUCUGUACAAGGACCGCAAGGGAGUUUUAUGGUGUGGGUUGACAAAAGAAGCUGAAAGUCUAUUGCAAGAAGAAGAUGAACUAAUAGAAAAGAACAGUGAUAAAGCUGCUGAAUAUGUGACUCGGAUGCUAAUGAUGUCGGUUGAUAAGCGCAUUAGCCUGGAUAAGAUUGCUCAUUUCAGGAGGGAUAUGGGGCUGCCUUUGGAUUUCAGGAGCGGCUGGGUGCACAGGUAUCCCAAAUACUUUCGAGUGGUGAGACCCUUUGUGCCAUAUGAUGAGGGCGAGUAUUUGGAACUCGUGAACUGGAAUUCUAGUUGGGCCAUUACAGAGUUGGAAAAGAAACAUUUGGGUGUUUGCAAUGCUCCUGAAGGUUAUGCUCCGGGCCUUCUCUCCUUGUCUUUUCCAAUGAAGUUCCCCCCUAACUAUAAGAAAAAAGUCUCCACGUACAAAGUUCAGAUUGAGAAGUUUCAGAAGAGGGAGUAUUUGUCUCCUUAUGCGGAUGCGAGUGGGUUAAAGGCAGGGUCCAAGGAGUUUGAUAAGAGGGCAGUGGCCGUGAUUCAUGAGUUGCUAAGCUUUAUGAUUGAGAAGAGGAUUGUGACAGAUCAUUUGACACAUUUCAGGAGGGAGUUUGUGAUGCCUCAGAAGCUGAUGAGACUGUUGCUCAAGCAUAUUGGCAUCUUUUAUGUCUCAGAGGGAGGGAGGAGAUUUAUUGUCUUCUUGAAUGAACCAUAUGAAGGCUCGGAUUUGGUUGAGAAACAUCCUCUAGUUUCUUGGAAACAAAAGGUUCUUAGCCUUGUUGGGUAUAGGAGAAAGAGAGAGAAGGAAGAGGUGUUGGAUGGUCUACAUGAAAGAGACGAUAUAAGCUUAUUUCAAAGCGAUUCUGAAGAAGAUUAUGGUAUUCAGUUUGUACGUGACGAGGAGGAGGAGAUGAGUGGUGUGGACAACGAUUCAAUCAAAAGUGAUCACGAAAUGGAUAUUGAGGAGAUUUGUGAUGCAUAUAAAGCAUCGGGAUGAACGGUCCUGCAAUUUCCUAAUGUUACCCAAGAAAUAUUCGAUGCAUUAUGCAUAUAGUUUGACAGCUGACCUUGAAACUAAAUACUACUUCCGUUCCUGAGUAUUUUUCCAGUUUUGACUUUUUUCAGUCAAUUAUUUUCAACAUUUGACCUAUAAUUAAAUAAAAUAUAUAUUUCCUAUUAAUUAGAUAAAAUAAUAUUUUGAAAAUAUUUUAUAUAAUAAAUCUAAUAAAACUAUUUUUGUAUCAAUGUCGAGUAUUAUUUUUAUUUAAUUUAGGGUCAAAGUUUGCCAAUUUUGACUGAAAAAAGUUAAAAAUGGAUAAAUACUUUGGGACGGAGGGAGUAAAAGGGAUCAUCCAACAAUCCUCAGAAAGAGAAGAUGAAAAAAGAUAAAAGAUGGGGACGUCAAAUGGAUUUGGAGCAAGUGAUGAUUUAUGUUUGAUGCCAAUGGUUUAAUUAGCAAGUAAAUUUCCACGUAUAGCUGCCAUCUCACUUGAGUAUGUAGAGAAGCUUCUUCCUCAUGAAACCACCUGGAAUAGUAAACAAGAUAUUGUUUU